GACUGGGAUUCCAUUAUAGGCCUUUGUGUCUCUGCCAUCCCAUUUUAGGUGGUGCUGGGGAUCAAACCCAGGGCCUCUGGUACACUAGGCCCAUGCUCUACCUACUGAGCCACAUCUACAACAUGAGAAGAAAGAUUUAAAGCAGCAACACAAACCCUGUGACUUCUCUUGGACUUCCCUACCCACCCAGGAUAAGAUAUUUAAAAGGUGAUGGCUUCUCCCAACCACAGGUACUCACAGCCACUGCCUGUGCCUUUAAGAACUGCCUCUUGGUGCCAGGGUCUUGACCUCAGCAUCCUCAGCUGAGUUGGAUUAAGGACCAUUCUGUGCCUUUGUGAAUUCCUUCUCGAAUCAGUUCCCUCCCCCACAUGGAGACAGAAUAGCCUGGAGACCCAGCCGGUCUGCCAAAGGCAGUCAGAGAACUGGUCUAGCCUGGCAGCCUUGUUCCUCAGAAAGUAAAGGCCUGCUCACUUGAUAGAGAGCUAUGGUCAGGGAGUGAGCCCUCAGGAGCCUUGGACUGUCACAGGGACUCCAGAAAGCCAUGCAGAACCUUGGGCCAUGAAAGACUACUCAGAUGUCAUCCUCUGCCCAGAGGCAACUGAGAUGAGCAAUAUGGAGUUCUGCAAUCCAGCUUUUGAGGCCGAAGUAGGGUCUUCUUGCCCUCUACCGGCCUUGCAGCAAGAUACCACCAACAGCCUCCACGUUUCCCAGCACGGCCGGCGUCCCCGAGGGCUGCAACCAGACUGCCACUUUUCCUGGCUCUUCAUCCUUCUGCUCAGUGGCCUGCUGCUCCUGCUGCUGGGGCUACUGGUACCUGUCAUCCUACCCCAGUUGCAGGCUACAUCGCUCCCCAGGGCCACCGAGAGCCCACUGCCUACCCAAGGCUUGCCCAUCAUGGGUACUACCCCUACCGCCAACCCUACCACCACCACCACCUACCCAGCAACCACAGGGCAGCAGGAAGCAGCCUGUGGGGGCCUCCUUCCUGGUCCAAGAGGAUUUUUCAGCAGCCCCAACUACCCAGACCCUUACCCACCCAACAGCCACUGCAUCUGGAAUAUCCAGGUGGCCACAGACCAGGCAAUACAGCUCAAGAUCAAAGCCCUCAACAUACAGGGUGUGUUCUCCUGCUCUUUUGAUCGCUUGGAAAUCACCACUGAGUCAGCAGGCCAUCUUCUCAGGAUAUGUGGGAAAGUGCCUCCCGCCACGUUCAACAUCAACGCCAGCCACAUUCGUGUGGCUUUCAUCUCUGACAGCGGUAUAGAAGGGUCUGGUUUCCAGGCCUGGUACCAGGCUGUGGUACCUGGGCAUUGGAGUUGUGCCCAUAAUGAGUUCCACUGUGGCCAGCUCUGCCUGCAACCUGACUCUGUGUGCGACGGUUUGGUCAACUGUGCUGAUGGCAGUGAUGAGACCAACUGCAGCUCCAAGAUCUCUGAGUGUGGAGGGAAUCUGAUUGGGCUCCAGGGUGUGUUCUCCUCUCCUAACUACCCAAAGCAGUAUCCUCAACAACAGUUUUGUGCCUGGCACAUCUCAGUGCCUGUGGGACAUGGUGUAGAACUACAGUUCCACAACUUCAGCCUGGAGGCACAGGAGGAGUGCAAGUAUGACUACAUGGAAGUCUAUGAGACCAGCAACUCAGGGACCUUCAGCCUCCUGGGCAGGUUCUGUGGGACAAAGCCACUGCUCCACCUUGUCUCCUCACAGCACCAGGUGACUGUGCUUUUUAGAACAGAUGACGGUGUCAGCAACAGUGGCUUCUCAGCCACCUACCGGGCCUUCAAUGCCACAGAGAACCCUUGUAGGCCCAGAGAGCUCUGCCAGAACGGAGGCUGUAGGGAUCUGCAAUGGAUGUGUGACUUGUGGAGAAACUGCAAAGAUAACAGCAAUGACAACUGUAGCAGUCCCUUGAUCCAACCCCCAGUGCUGGCCUGUGAACCUAUCCAGGUGGAGAUGUGCCUUGGACUGAGCUACAAUACCACAGCCUUCCCUAACAUCUGGGUGGGCAUGGCCACCCAGGCAGAGGUGGUAGAUACCCUCAGAGGCUACAAGAGUCUGACAAAUCUGCCCUGCUACCAGAAUUUCCAGAGGUUCCUUUGUGGUCUGCUAGUCCCUCGCUGCACUCUACUGGGCAACAUCCUGCCUCCUUGUCGUUCUGUCUGCCAGGAGGCAGAACAUCAGUGCCAGUCUGGCCUGGCACUACUGGGCACCCCCUGGCCCUUCAACUGCAACAGGCUACCUGAGGCAGUGGGCCUGGAAGCUUGUGCCCAGCCCUGACCUGAAGCCAGCCCCUACCCUCUGCCUGCCCUUCCUCUGCCUAUAUGGGUGGGUAGGGCAGGCAGAAAACAAAGAGAGGCAUGACCUGGGCAUGGGACUCUUCCAUCCUCUCUGGGAGCCUCCCAGGGAGAGGAGAAGUCCUCAAUCCAGGGCUGGUGGGACCCUCCCAUCUUCCUUGCCCUGCCUCUUUCCUAUCCUUUUACUUGCCAAGACAGCCCUAGGCAAUGGGCAGGCUGUCUACUAUGCCACUGGACAGUCUAGCAGGUUUCCCAUCCAAGUCCCUAAGUCCCUGACCCUGAUUUCCUGUCUCCUACCUAACCCCCUUUCCAUUUGCCUAACUUCACUGUCACCUGACCUUCAGCUUUUUUUUUUUUUUAAGUCAACAAAACUGUACUGAAUGCCUGAUGGGGCAGAUCCUAUUCUAAGCUUGAGGGUCCACUGUGUCUCUGACUCUGGAACUCACCCUGGACUCUCUGCUGAUCCAGCUCUCCCCACCUCCCACCCCCUACUAGUCUUGACCUUGGUUUCUGUUACUGUCCCAUCCCUUCCUCCAGUCCUGUCUGUCUCAUAGUUCAGCCUCUCAACGACGC